AUGAAAUUAUUGGUUUUAGUACUUAUAAUUUUUAGUAGUAUAGGAUAUAUAAAUGGUGGUGCAGUACAAUUGUUAAAGAAUGAACAUCAAGCAGAACAAUAUGCAGGAAUAAAUACUUGUUUUUUCAAAUACACAAUCGAGUUAUACUAUGAUUCACAAUUGAAUUCCAAUGAUUUCAAAUCCCCAAAUUUAAAGAUCAAAGUAUUUCCCUUUGCUUUUGGAAAUGGAAGUAGUUUCGAUCCUUAUCAUCAAAUAUUCAAUAUAAUCUAUGAAACGCCACCAGGAAUGAAUAUUAUCGUUAUCAAUAUAACCCGUGAUUCAGACCCAACUUUUCCACCGGCCUAUUUCAUGUUAAAUCAAAACCAAAAUUGUGAAGGAACACCUACUUUUGUUCCGAUGAUGGGAGCAAUUUCCUUGGCCCUCAAGUUGAAUAUCACUGACUCAUUGGUUUUAAAUAACUAUCCGUCUUUUACCUGCACUACCAAUUUUCCUGGACUUAUUACAUGUGCCAGUACUGCACAAAUAACAGAAGCAAGAUCAUGGGUAUUAUUAUAUAUAAGAAUGGUUGGAGCAGUCAAUGCUGUUUACCCAGAUUAUUUUGAUAUACAAUUGACUUUAACAAGUGCUGGUCCUUAUUCAACUCCUGUGGGUCCAGGGCCAAUAGCUAGAGUGAAAAAUAUAUUCCCAAAGAAUCUUUUAAGAACAACCAAAUUGGUUGAUAAUGCAAUUUAUCCAGCUGCUAAUUAUGGUUAUAAUCAAAACUUUUUAUACUACUCUCCAUUAUGGGAGUACAGUGUAUCUUUUGAGAAUAUGGAUUCUAUACCUGUAAAUGCAUAUGUUGGUUACCCAGUAGCAAUCUCCUAUAUAUUAGUUUCAUCCAAUAAAACACACAGAGUAUAUUCUACUUGGAUACCAACUUUCCCAGGUGGCAUUGCUGUGAACCAAUUCUAUUGUGAUUCUAAUUGCACAUACUUAGGAACUCAAACAGCCAUUGUUUAUAAUUAUCCACAAUACUAUACUAAUAGUGCAGGUAUGACAUAUAGUGUUGAUACACAGACAAACUCAUAUCUAUUCGAAAACUUUGGUACCUUUCCUUUCUACACCUUAUCACAAAGGAUGAAAUCAUCCAUAAAUUCUGGAGCUGACUAUCCUUUUGCUUAUUUAAGUUCCACCAAUGCUGGGUUCACCUCUAUUUCCCAAAAAUCAUUUGUCGGAACAUAUGCGGUAAAUUAUAUAAACAACAAUAAUUAUACUUCCAUUGCACCUGACACAUCAAGUCCCUAUGUCGUCAAUUUCGAUUUCCACUCCUUGGAGAUUAUCAUUAGUAGUCCUUAUUCAGCUCUCUUCCGUAUAAAUAUCAGUUGUCCAAUUGGUUUGACUAGAAUUGCAGCAAAAGGAGGAAACUUUAUGAAAAAUAAUUUGGUGUCUGGAGAUCAAUAUAAUGGAAUUUAUGAAAAUGAACUUAAAGGAAUUCAAAUUGGAGAACAAUUAUAUAAAACAUUACAAUUUACCUUUAGCUAUGAAACAUAUACACCUUUUAUAACUGAUCUUUUAAGUGACGAUAUUUAUAAUACAAACUUUGACAAGAUCCCCUAUCUAGAAGGAGCAUUCAAUUUCGAUCUUAAUAAUAUCACAUAUAUUCAAUUCGAAAAGAAUAAUAUUGAUAUGUCUGAUGGUGGAGAUGUUGUUAAUGUUCUUUGGAUCAGAUUUACAAAUAAUGAUCCUCAAGCAAGACCAAUCUUGGAAACCAAUCAAUAUCUUAAGCUAUCAGCAAAACAAGAGUAUGGAUUGUUCUAUGGUGAUUAUGUUUCACAGAAAGAUAUGUACAGAAUUGAGUUUAUUAUGACCAAUUGUCUACCUGGUGCACAGGCUUACUAUAUAGUAAGUCCUUUUGCAAAGUACCUUCUCACAGAGGUUUCCUCUUACCUUGGUCCAAACGCUACUCUAUUUGUCACAGAUUCAGUUUCUGACAAUUUAAAACCUAGAAUAACUGCCUUGAAAUCAUUCCAAAAUUCAAAGAGCAUCAAUGGAGUAUCAACAUUCACUCUUGGAUGGAAUAUUACAGUAACUGACUAUCCUAAUGGAUUCAUAAAUGGAACAAUCCAAUAUUUAUCUGAUAAGGAUAUGGAGAUUAGAGUUAUCAAUUAUAACGAGACAAAUAGAGUUGAUGGUGAUAAAUUCAAUGGUGUGUAUCAAGUUACUUUUGAAAUAGAUGCAAACAACUGCCGAAGCCAAACCUUUAUUAUUACAUAUAUGAAUCAAUGGGACCAAUUCCCAGAGGUCGAUAUAGUUGUUUCGUCGGACCCAUUAAAUAGCAUCAAUGAUAUUUUGGGAACAGAGUACGAGAGACACUUGAAUAUUUCAAUUUUUUGCAAUACCGCAUUCGACGGAGAUCUUCCUAAAUUGGAAUCACUUUCAUUUAACAAGUCAAUAGAUGUAGGAUCAAACAACAGACAAUUCCAAGCAAUUUUCUCAAUCUCGGAUGUUGGUUCCGGAAUCUCUACAAGACACACUCCAUAUAUCUAUAUCCUAACCGAUGUCGAUCAACAAAUCAAAAUCAAAUCAGAGUUUAUCAACUAUACAUCCACUUUGGCAUUCUAUACUGCCGAAACAAUUCUACCAUGGGGAUUCGGUCAAAACAAUCUAAUUGUUUCAAUCUAUGGUAUUAUGGAUAACUAUUUGAAUUUGAGAGGAUACUCUACUCAAAAUCUAAAGGAUGCCGGAUUUGAUUAUUCCAUUAUUCGAACCCAGACUUUUGUUGAUCCAAUUCUCGAAAGCUGCUCUCAGAUUACACAGAAUGGUGGAUUUUUCUCUAUUAGUGGUCAUAAUCUUGGAGAUGAAUAUACAACCUAUUCAUUAUUAUUUGACUAUAGAAAUGGAAGUGGAUGGAUACAACACUCAACCAAAUUCAAAUCUGCAACCGUCAUGAAAGUAAUACUAUCACCUUUCCGAGCUAACUAUAUUCAAGCCAAGAUUAUUGUCAAUGGGCUGACCUCUGACAUCAUGGAUAUCUAUCCGUUCAUAAGAAGGUUGAAACCUCCAAUGCCAACAUCGACACCAAAUCCAACAUCGACACCAAAUCCAACAUCGACACCAAAUCCAAAGUUGUGUCCAGGUGACCCAGUUUGUAAUAAUCAAGGAGAAUGUCUAUCGACUGGAUGUAAAUGCAAUUCACCAUGGUAUGGUCCAUCUUGCUCAUCAAGAGUUGUACCAACACCAACUCCACCACCAGCCGAAAAUCCAUCGGUUCAAGUCAAUGUUACAACUCCAGACUCUCCAGACCAGUUAAUCACAGCAAAGAUCAGUGUUGUAUCGGUAUUGGAGCUGAAUUCCGAAUUCGCACCAAUCAACAACUUCACAUUUGGUCAAUGGAAUCUCAGUUCAGUGCAAUCCAACGAUGAAAAGACAUCUUACUACUACUACUCCUAUUUGAAUGGUAGAAAAACAAUGGUUAAUACAACAAUCGAUUUCUACAAGGUAGCAACAAACAUUACUUUUGCCGGUGGUGUUAUCAAUGUUGUACCGUUCACAAUCAAAUUCUCAAUCAAUGUCGAUCAUUUCGAUUUUGUUGACCGACUUUCAAUGAUGCAGAUUGUAAUGGAAGCAAAAGUGACAUCGUCAGACUCGGGUGCUUGCUCUUCGAAAUCGAUAGGUGAGGAAUCGAAUGACAAUGUACAAUGGGUAAAGAUGAACAUCAAUGACAAUUCGUUGUACGGUAGAUUCUUGGAUCGUGCACUGGUCGACGGCAAUGUAGUUCCCUCAAAGAAUGUUAUAAUCGAAGAUGAUACUACCGAUGAUUCCUACAACUCUGUCUCGUCAAAGAUCGGUAUCAUCAUUCCCUUCUAUGAAAUCAACGCUGUUAUAGACCCAGAUUUUUCAACACUGAUCGAUACCAACUAUGACGGACCAAGUAUGACUUGCAAAAAGAAAGGAUUAUCAACAGGUGUUAUCGUUGCCAUUGCUGUAAGUUGUGGUGUUUUCGCUUGUGCUGUCGUGGUUGGCUCUGUCAUCUAUUUGAGAAAGAAACAUAGAUUCAAAAAACAAAAUAAUAUGGUCAAAAAAAGAUUAGAGCAACUUUCUAACUAA